AUGUUCUCCAGUCGCAGAUCGAAACAAACUGCUCGCCUUGGGGACGGAAAUCCGACCGUGGGAUCCCGCAAUCCGACGGACAUGGGGCUCUCCAGCCUGCCGACCCCAUCCGAGAGCGUGCUCACUCUCGUUCUCGUCAACACCGCCAUCACCGUCUCCAUCUUGAAGGAGCUCCUCCGCUCCGCCCUCCACCUCCUCCGCCUCCGCGCCACGCCGCGGCCACAGCCGGCACUCGCCUCACCGGGGCCGCCGGAGCCCAGCCUCGCCGACCGGUUCCGCAGCCAGUCCAGUCCGAUGCGGUUCGGGUCCGCGCUCGGGCUCCGUCGCCCCGCUUCCGCGGACUGCCGGGUCUGCCUCGCCCGCUUCGACGCCGAGUCGGUGGUGAACCGGCUCCCUUGUGGGCACCUUUUCCACGCCGCCUGCCUGGAGACGUGGCUCGACUAUAGACAUACCACGUGUCCACUCUGUAGGACCCACGUCCUCCAGGAAGAGCGCCCCGCCGUCCCCUCCUCGUCCCUUUUGUCUUGGCUUUAG